AUGGAGGCUGCAAAGACCACCAUGAAGCACUUCGAACAAACGGCGGAGAUGCAAGAGUCGGCAGCAAAAUCCGACAGGAUGUUCCUAGUCGGCCGUGUGGCUCUGCGCACGCUCUUCUAUGAUGAUCACCUACUGGCAGCCUUGAAAGGUGGACCCAGACAGGUGGUGCUUCUGGGAGCUGGCAUGGACUCCAGAGCAUGGCGUCUGGACCUGCCAGAAGGUACCUCGUGGUUUGAGAUAGACAGGGCGGACGUUGUGGAGGCAAAGAAGAAGGUGCUUACUUCCGCGCAAGCAAGCUUCUCCGCUGACACUAGCAAAGGAGUGAAGUAUCCUCUGCGGGCCGCCUCGCACAGCAGCUUUGAUGUGGAUCUGGGGACAGACGGGUGGACCAAAGAACUCAUGGCAGUAGGAUUUGACCCACAAGUCCCGACAGUGUGGAUUGCCGAGGGGCUCUUCAUGUACUUGUCGGAGGAUGCUGUGACAGCUCUGCUCAAGGAAGCUCGCUCUGUGUCAGCCAAGGGCAGCCGCUUCCUCAUCAUGGCCUUCACAUCAGAGAAUCUGGCAGAGUGGUAUCAGAACAGCGCCACGCAGUUUCCUGUGCCCUGGGUGAAGGACCUGGCCAACACAUUCAAGUCGGCGUUUCCCAGGGACGUGAAGCCCUACGUCAGUGAGAGGGGCUGGCAGGCGGAGAGUGUGUACUCUUAUUCAAAUCUAGCUGCCAAGUAUGCCAAGGGGCUGCCAUGGACUUCUGAUCUAGGGAUGACCUCAGCAAAGCAUGACACCAACACAGCCUUCAUUGAUGCUGUAGUCAUCCCCAGCCAGCCCGCGUGAAAUCCCGCCUGAACUGCAAUGCAUGCUUAUGGCAGCUGACUGCCAGAAUGUGCUUUAUGUGUGGCAUAGAAUUCUUGUCGGCACUGGCAAAUUGCCAGUGGCUAGUCUCAAGGCUGGCCAUUGCCGGCUUUCUUGUCUGUCGCUUGAUCUGGUUCCAGAGCAAAAGUUUCUGAGAACGUGUUGUGUGCCAACAAUGCUGAUUCGGUGGCAGUCAUCUGUAGCCACAUGGAAGAUCAAGAUGGCCAAGUCAGCUGUGACGUAUGAAGCGUCCUGUGGACAUAAUGUCCAGCAUGGAUUGUCAUAGGCCUUGAUGUUGUGAUAGCUUGGGAUAUACUCAGAUUGCAGCAGUCCUGUACAGUAAUGCAUCAUACCCUGCAUGUGGGUGCAACUCUGCACUGCAGCUGCAGAGAACUGCAGCUGCAGAGAACUGAUAUGGCAGCUAGGAUUAAUUCAAUUAAUUUGGGCAAAGGGUUUUUGAAGUACGUUUCUAUGAGAAAAUUGUCCUUGUACGUGUAGACUAAUUGUGUAAAGAUGUAUCUCUG